AUGUGUUAUUUCGUGGGAGUUUUGGUGGGCAACGCCUCGAUUGUGGACUUCGGUGCCGGUCUCGGCCAGUACGGCAUGUGUUUCCUGCGUAAAAGUCAAGCUGAAUAUCGACUGGACGAUAAACAACAAAAGGAAUACAUCGCCGACAUAAAGAACGAUCUUCAUGACAUUCAAAAGAAGCCUCAAAUUGUAUAUUCAUGGCAUGGCUAUGACGGGGGCUUCGCCAUCGAGGAGGUGAGCGGCGGCUUCAUCGCGCACGCCGACCUCAGCGAGGAGGGCCUCUGGCUCGGCAGGAAGUGGGACUGGGUGAUGAGCAUCGAGGUUGGGGAGCACAUCGAUCCUAAACAUGAAGGCCAUUUCCUCGAUAACCUCGUGCGGCAUGCAUGUGCAGGCAUGCCGCACGAGGCUAUCGAGGAAAUGGCCUUCAUGUUUAGGAUCGAUGUGCUCCCCAACCUCGGUGCUCCUCACCCAGUCCCACUUCCUGCCGAGCCAGAGGCCCUCCUCGCUGAGGUCGGCGUGCGCGAUGAAGCCGCCGCUCACCUCCUCGAUGGCGAAGCCCCCGUCAUAGCCUUCAUUAGAGAAAAAUAG